AUUUUUUCUUAUAUCGGCAUGAAGUAUUUUGAAAAUAGAAAUCAUUAUGACAUAGACAGUCAGUAAGCUUUUUACUUUAGUUUACGCAUUUUAUGUAUUUAUUAAAAUUUUUGUACUAAAAUGCUUUCAAAACUCUUGCGACCAGUAUCUAUUAUACGACAUUCGCUACAUUCGUUCAAAAUGAAACACCCAAAUCAAAUUAUUGUGAGAAAUUCAGGUGAUUAUAUACCGGCUACACAAUAUGAUAUUCCCAUACCGAAGAGACUGCAUAUUCUUUACGUUUUGAGGGUUUAUUGGGAAACAAUACCCUUAUUCGCGGUCACCAUGACUAGCUGUACUAUAUGCGUUCUAUCUUGCAUUUGGGCAACUCUGAACAAGGUAGACGUUGUGUAUACUACCCACAGCCGUGAUUGCAUAUCCCGUACCAUGGAUCUGCGGAACCCUUCAGUGCACAAAAUAAUAAUUAUAAACCAACGCUAUGAACCGUGGCCCGAGAUGCAAGACGUUCUGGAUAAAAUGACGCUCGCGCAGAAGAGGGCACUAAUGCGGGCACAGACUUGUAAACACGCAUAAGCGUGGUGAUUUUUUUUUUUUUUGAAAUAUUUAUUGUUAAAAUUUAUUGUUUAUAUGUGUUGUGUUUAUCAGCCACUGGUUUCCAUAACACAAGCGAAAGCUUAGUACGGGAUCAAAUCGUGCCGUGUAUGAAAAUG